CAUUUUUGUUCUUCCCUUCAUUCUUCAUCUUCUUCUUCCGCUACUUACCUCUGACCAUCUGAGCUGCGGCCAGGCCACCAGAAUCCUCUUUUUUCUUGUGCUUCGUUGGGGCGGAGCGGUUCUCAGAUUCAGGACUGCAUUCUCAAGGGAUUUGUACUCCAGAGAAGCUCCGAAGGGAGUUUCCUGCUGGAGCUUUGGAGAUGACAAGAGAAGAAGAGAACGACGACUGAAUUGCAGGCAAGAGGCGGAAUCGAGUGAUGAAUGACGCAAGCACGCAAGCGGGAGAUUUUUCCUCUUUUGUUUUGUGAUAGUGUGCUUUAUGCUUAGAGCUGUGAAACCUUUCUUCAGAUUUCCGGUCGAUCUGCUAGCUCCUGUUUCUCUAGCUUAGAGCAUUUGAUUCUUUUCUCUGGAGGGCUGGUAUUCGAGUUAAUGCCUUCAUCUAUUUAAUCAAGUGCACAUCUGAUCUCUACUGCCCCCAUCUAAUGGCGGUCUCCUUCCAAACGAGUGGCCUCCUUAGUCCUGCGGUUCCAGGAACAAGCUCAGAAAAGUUUUCAUCUGUAUCUUCAAUUUCUCGCUGGAACACCUUUGCAAUCCCUAUUUCCUCCAUAAAAACGUUAAUUGGUAGGAGGACGGCGAAGGAAGGCUGUACACGAAGAGAUUUCAGUAUCUUUUGCGAACAGCAGUCUGUUGUUAGAUUAGCAAAAAUUCUAGACGGAGAGCAUGAACAGGCAGGUGGAAAUACACGGCGAUUAACCUGUGUGAUGAAAUUUGGUGGCUCAUCCGUUGCCACUGCAGCUAGAAUGAGGGAAGUUGCAGACCUGAUCCUUAGUUUUCCUGAGGAGAGCCCUGUGGUUGUCUUAUCGGCUAUGGGGAAGACAACUAAUAAGCUUCUAGAAGCUGGGGAAAUGGCUGUUAGCUGUGGUAUUACUAAUGUGUCCACAAUUGAACAGUUGCAUUUUGUAAGAGAAUUGCAUCUAAAGACUCUUGAUGAGCUAGGAUUGCCCAGAUCAGUGAUCUCUGAAUUGCUUGAGGAAUUUGAACAACUUCUGACUGGAAUUGCCCUGAUGAAAGAAUUGACACCUCGUACAAGAGACUAUCUUGUUUCUUUUGGAGAGCGUAUGUCUACACGGAUUUUUGCUGGAUACAUGAACAAAAUUGGUGCUAAAGCCCGCCAAUAUGAUGCUUUUGAUAUUGGUUUUAUAACCACAGACGAAUUCACAAAUGCUGAAAUCCUUGAAGCAACUUAUCCUGCUGUUGCAAAGCGGUUGCAUGGGGAUUGGAUUACUGAUCCUGCAAUUCCUAUAGUCACAGGAUUUCUUGGCAAGGGUUGGAAAUCUGCUGCCAUUACAACUCUUGGUAGAGGUGGCAGUGACUUGACAGCCACCACAAUUGGUAAAGCCUUGGGCUUAAGGGAGAUUCAGGUAUGGAAAGAUGUUGAUGGAGUGCUGACAUGUGACCCCAAUAUAUAUCCAGUCGCUGAACCUGUACCAUUUCUGACAUUUGAGGAGGCAGCUGAGCUUGCAUAUUUUGGUGCACAGGUUUUACACCCACAGUCUAUGCGACCUGCUAGAGAGGGCGAUAUCCCUGUGAGGGUGAAAAACUCAUACAACCCUAAAGCGCCAGGAACACUCAUUACCAAGGCAAGGGAUAUGAGCAAGGCUGUGUUGACUAGUAUAGUUUUGAAAAGAAAUGUAACUAUGUUGGACAUUGUAAGUACUCGGAUGCUUGGUCAAUACGGGUUUCUUGCAAAGGUUUUCUCCAUCUUUGAAGAUCUGGGCAUCUCAGUUGAUGUUGUUGCUACUAGUGAAGUUAGCAUUUCUUUGACAUUGGAUCCUUCAAAGCUGUGGAGCAGAGAACUGAUACAGCAGGAGCUCGACAAUGUUGUAGAACAACUAGAGAAAAUUGCAGUCGUGCAACUUCUACAACAUAGAUCCAUAAUAUCGCUUAUUGGCAAUGUGCAAAGAUCCUCCUUAGUUCUAGAAAAGGUAUUUUGUGUUCUCCGCACUAAUGGCGUAAAUGUCCAGAUGAUCUCUCAAGGAGCAUCCAAGGUCAAUAUCUCGUUGAUAGUAAAUGACAGUGAGGCAGAACAGUGUGUCAAAGCUCUGCACAGCACCUUUUUCGAAACACCAGAGCUUGCUGAACUUGAAACAACCAAUGGCUCUGGAGAUGGACAUAUGGAAUAAAAAAGUUCCGGUCAUAAACUUAUGGCCACAUUCUCUAUUCUUUCGCAUAUCCAUGUGGCUAGCCUGAUCAUAUAUGUUGCAACUCUUUUGUGGCAGAGGCGUCAUCCCUUUGCUGCAUUUCAGAAGAUGGCGUUUAUCUUAA